AAGGUCGUGUCUGGAUGACUGGGAGGCCAGACUGGAUACCGGACGGUUUCCGGCAGCAGGCAGACAGACAGUCAGACAGACGUCUGCGGUGUUUGGGGCGACCUAUUGUCUGCUCUCACUGUUUACCUCUUGUGUAGAGCGUUCGCUCCAAGUAUAAAACUGCAAAUGUGUGAAAUGAUUGUUUAAUUACAAGAAUAUCGUUCAAAACAGAUUAAAACACACGCACACACAACAAAGUCGCAUAGAACAGUAGCCAAUGUGAGGGUGUCUGUUCGCGUAACCAUCCCCGCACUGUUGUGUGAGGACAUCUGUGAGCGUAAAGGCUAUAGAUUACCGCCAGUCUGGUCUUGAAGGCCAAGUUGGAGUAAACAUUUAACUAUAAUUUGAUUCUAAAAUAGAUUGUUAUUACAGCAAAAUUUAAGUGGUGUUAAUAAUUAAAGAGGAGUUCAUCCCGACUUGUGUCUGGAGGAUUUACAGCGAGUGGAGGGUGACCAGAGAGCACAUGACGGUCAGUGCACAUACAGUGUUUGACGGAGUGCCAGAUUGCAUACGGCACUCGGUGCACACAGUGAAUGAAGCUAAAGCCGGAGUGCAUGUAAAGGUGGGUGCAUACUAGCAGAGGGCCGGCCAUAUGUGUUAUGUGAUGUUAUAAAGCCACGUGUCAAGAUCAAACACGCGCGCGACUCGCACACACAGGCACGGGAAAAGUGAUUGCAUUAGGCUAUCUUGGUGACUUGCACGAAGAGGACAAAAAGUGGCACAGAAUUUCAGGGGUAAGGCCGAAGACUCACAAAGUUGCUGCGACUUCCACAGCCUCCCAGCAGUCAUUACAGCCAUUGCAUUAUAAGCAGCAGAGAACCUUUACCAUGGCGGCCGGCUGGAGCAGCAGCAGCAGCAGCAGCAAUAGCAGCAGCAGCAGCAGCAGCAGCAUCAAUAGCAGCAGCAGCAGCAACCUGAUCAAUCCCACGGCACCCAAACAUCAUGAAAUCAGAGAUGAGUAUUCGGAGAUCGAGCCGCUAGUCAAGUCCCUGGAGGACUCAGAUGAAGACAACUUCAAACUGAAGAAGGAACUGGGCCUAAUGGACGGCGUGGGCAUCAUCGUCGGCAUCAUCAUCGGCUCCGGCAUCUUCGUCUCCCCUAAGGGCGUGAUCCAGUUCAGCGGCAGCGUGGGCAUGUCCCUAGUGGUGUGGGUAGUUUCCGGCCUCCUGUCCAUGGUGGGCGCCCUCUGCUACGCCGAGCUGGGCACCAUGAUCCCGCGAAGCGGAGGGGACUACGCUUACAUCCUGGAGGCGUUCGGCCCCCUGCCGGCCUUCCUCUUCCUGUGGGUGUCGCUGGUGAUCAUCCUCCCCACCAGCAACACCGUCAUGGCCCUCACCUUCGCCAACUACAUCAUCAAGCCGGUCUUCGAGACCUGCGACGUCCUUCCGGACGUCCCCGUGAGGCUCAUCGCCGCAGUCGUUGUAUGCUUGCUGACGUGGAUCAACUGCACGAACGUCAAGUGGGCGAAGAACGUGCAGGGAGUGUUCACGGCGGCCAAGAUCUUCGCUCUGCUCCUGAUUAUUGCGGCCGGCGUCCUUCAGCUCGCAACCGGCAAUACCAGGAACUACGAGGGGGCCUUCGAGGAGACGAACUGGAGUGUGAGCUCCAUCUCCACUGCGUUCUACCAAGGACUCUUUUCGUUCGCUGGAUGGAACUGUCUGAACUUCGUAGUGGAGGAGCUGAAAGAUCCAUUCAAGACUCUACCACGAGCCAUCCUCAUCUCGAUGCCAGUUGUGACUCUCGUGUACUUCCUCACCAACAUGGCCUACUUCGCAGUCCUGGACCCAGACGAAGUACUCUCUUCGAACGCUGUAGCCCUGUCCUUCGCCUGGCGUACCCUGGGGGUGAUGGGUUACGUGAUGCCGGUGUUCGUGGCCCUCUCCACCUUCGGCAGCCUCAACGGGUGCAUCUUCGCCUGCUCCAGACUCUUCUUCGUGGGCGCCCGGGAGGGCCACCUGCCCCAGGCUCUGGCACUCAUCAAUGUCAACACCUUUACUCCCGUGCCCGCUCUCAUCUUCCUGGGCUUCAUGACGCUGUGUAUGCUGGUGACGUCUGACACGCUGGUGUUGAUCAACUAUGUUUCCUUCUCCGAGGCGCUGUUUGUCCUCAUGUCCAUUUCAGCCCUGUUGUGGCUGCGGUAUAGCCAGCCCCACCGCAAGAGGCCCAUCAAGGUGUGGCUGUGGGUGGCGGUGCUGUUCCUGCCGGUGUGUGUGUUCCUGGUGGUGCUGCCGGUGGUGGAGCGGCCGGUGGAGCUGGGCAUCGCCAUAGGCAUCUUCCUCACUGGCAUCCCCGUCUACUUCCUCUGUGUCCACCAGGCACCGAAGUCCCAGAGGUUCAGCGCCUUCAUGGGGAGCAUCACCUCGGUGUGCCAGCUCAUGUACCACGGACUACCAGAGGAGAAGGACGACUAACCAACAUACCAGACUACCUAUUCCCUCCAUCAACCUCGGGUGCGGAUCGACGGUUGCCUGAGAUGAACUCACGGGGAAGAGAGAGAGAUCUACAGGCGGAUCCGUGUGUGGGUCUUGUAGAAGAGACAGAUCUUCAUAAAGGGGCUCACUUCAAAGGAGACAAGUCAAGAGGAGAAUCAACGAGUGGGCAACGUAGGAACGAGAAUUGCAAUAUAAUGACAUUAUUGUGCAGCGCUACAAUACCCACGUACUAAACCGCAAAGUGGGUAUGGACUGCAUAAUGAAUUAGUACAAAUCCAACAUUUGAAACCGCAAGCGAGCCAAGAGUAAAGAAAACGGAAGCGAGCCACCAGACAGCGAGAAAACACGAUCGGUUCACCUGGAGGAAUACCUCGAGAAUAAUACACAGUAGAUCAAAGGACGAGAAGAUACAGUCCAGUCGUUAAGCAAGUGAAAUGUCACACACACACACAAGGGAAGGCCACGCAGUUCAACAAUGUGUAACACACAUGUGUAACUGACGUGUGUAUAUAUAUAUUCUGACGUACAAACGUCAUAUAUUGACAGAUAUAUAUUGUCAUAUGUACUUAAACUCUCAACCAGUUUAAGAGGGAAAACUAAGUUCUACCUAAUAAACUCCACGUAACUUACAUUACCCCAUAAAUGUCAACCCAUGUCUUGCUAUUUUCAAACAAUACUGUUUGUUAACCAAGUUG